GAGCCGGGGAGGCGGGAGGUACCCGGGCCGUUUAAGCGGCCUCCCUCCCGCCCCCAGCCGCCGGGUGUGCCCUUACCCCUGCCCGGAUCCCACCCUCGGCGUGGUCCUGUCUGGCUUUGCCCCCGCCGGGCACGCUUUGGCCUCCCGAGCAGCUCUUGCUCAUGAGGGCCGCGCGCCCCGCCGCCGGCACCGACGAGACGGAGCUCCCGGCCCCCGCGGAGGAGCGGAGGAUCAAUGCGGUUCCAGCACCGCUUCCAGCGUUUCAUGAACCAUCCGGCCCCAGCCAAUGGCCGCUACAAACCAACUUGUUAUGAACAUGCUGCUAACUGUUAUACACAUGCAUUCCUCAUCGUUCCAGCCAUUGUGGGCAGUGCCCUUCUGCAUCGGCUGUCUGAUGACUGCUGGGAGAAGAUAACGGCAUGGAUUUAUGGAAUGGGCCUCUGCGCCCUCUUCAUCGUCUCCACAGUCUUUCACAUUGUAUCGUGGAAAAAGAGCCACUUAAGGACGGUGGAGCACUGUUUUCACAUGUGUGACAGGAUGGUUAUCUAUUUCUUCAUUGCUGCUUCUUAUGCUCCGUGGUUAAAUCUCCGUGAACUCGGACCUGUGGCGUCUCAUAUGCGCUGGUUCAUCUGGCUCAUGGCAGCUGGAGGAACCAUUUAUGUAUUUCUCUACCAUGAAAAGUAUAAAGUAGUUGAGCUCUUUUUCUAUCUCACCAUGGGGUUUUCUCCAGCCUUGGUGGUUACAUCAAUGAACAACACAGAUGGCCUUCAUGAGCUGGCAUGUGGAGGCCUCAUUUAUUGCCUAGGAGUUGUAUUCUUCAAGAGUGAUGGCGUUAUUCCAUUUGCCCAUGCCAUCUGGCACCUGUUUGUGGCCACAGCAGCUGCAGUGCACUAUUACGCCAUUUGGAAAUACCUUUACCGAAGUCCCACGGACUUCAUGCGGCAUUUAUGACCAGCCUGCUGGGUCUUCAAAGCAGUAUUAUCUUGGUUGUGGCACUUAGGAGGUGGGGUAAGAGAGGGAAGGUUGCACUGAGGGAGAAAGAGAAAGAAGAAACUGCACUGACUUCAUUUAUAUAUUUUUUUUAAUAUAAUUACUGUGAAAGUAUAUAAAGCUGUGUUCUGGAACUUUCUCCCUCACAGCCAACAAAUAAGGUAAUGAAUUAAUUAUUCAUUCCAUUCCACUAUCAUGAAGGAUUCUGGGUAGACUUGGCCAACUGAUGUUUACAAAUCAGGAUUUUGUAUUUUAAUUUUCCAGAUUUUACUAGAAGAUUUUUUCUAAAUGACUAGGUCAGGUUGUAAACGUCAGUGCAAUAACAAAACUUCCUUUUUAAGAGAAAUUUUAACGAAGAUUAUUUCUAUCACUUUCUCGCUCAUUGUGUGAAAAGAAUCAUGGUCAGAACCUACACUACUUGUUACCAUGUUUCAUCUUGGCAUAACAUGGUUAUUUUUUAAAUAGAAACUUUAGGUGUUUGUAAAUUUUUAAGAGCAAUUUGUCAUUGGAGCGCGCAUCUCCGCGGUUUCCUUAUCCAUCUUGUGACUUCUUGCAACAAGCAGCUCAACAUUCCACAAAUGAACAAAACCGGAUACCUCUUCUGAUAGCUUUAUUAAGUGUGGAGAAAUUGCCAACUUUUAAAAACUGAAGUUUUCCAAACUUUUCUGCCAACCUCUGACUCCAAGUUCAGUGCUGCUUUGGGCCGUAUAGUUGACCUAGUUUGGUUAUCAGGGAUGGAGAAAUAUUUUGAUACCUUUAACUUUUGCAAAAGAUCCAAGUCUUCUCUAGACCUUCAGGUUCUCCUUCAGCACCGAGUGUGUGUCCUGUCCGUAUGACGUUAGUGUUGUUUGGCCAUCAGUGGAAAGCUCCUCAAGAGUAUUAUGGAGUACAGUGAAUAGUUGAAUCACCUGGUUUGGUGCCCAGAGCUUAAUGCCCAAUGUGAUUAAGUCAUUGUCAUUUAGGAUUUAUAGUAUCAAUUUGAUAUUCAUUUCAAAUUGUGAAACUUACAUGCAUUAAUUCACAUUUCUGCCUUCUGUAUCUCCCAAUAUACUCUUUUAUUUUUCUUUCAUAGAAAAAAUAUUGACAACAUUGUUUGACAGGUAGAAACUCGUGUCUGUAGUCCAUGGGUUAUAUCAUGGCUCAGUGGAGUGAGAUAUAUAUAUAUAUAUAUAUACAUAUGUAUGUAUGUAUGUAUAUAUAUGUAUGUACGUAUGUAUGUAUACAUGUGUGUGUUAGUUUUCACUGUUAGUUUUCCCUCAAUGUCUUAUAUUAAGAUUGACGUAUUAUUGCUUCAUUUGGUUAAUCUCCUGUUGGUGGUUUAAGGACUAAAAUAACCUUGCCUUUCGAUCUGGUGCCCCUGUUGCCUGUUUAAUACUAUUGGGCUUGCUCAGUAGAACUGCCUGAUUGAAAGUAAGCUUAUGUAACUUUAAAGGAAAGUCCAUUUUGUGUGCAUGUAUAGGCUGAUUUUUAGAGAACUGUGGGGGAAUGAGGAGCAAAAGAACUGAUAUUGUUGAACUGUCCAAUAGGUAAGGUACCAGUAAUAACACCAACCAGACCACCUCUGUAUGCAUGCUUCUGACCAUCUGGAUGCCGGUUUUGCUGUGUGUAUUUUGUUUAUAAUGUAUUAACUUUUUGUGGAUUUAUUUUAAGUCUGCUCAAAAGUAACCCUGUUAAAGCCACUAAAAUGUAUAUUAAAAACUGGUGUGCUGUAGACUAGAAUAAAACUGUUACUUGGA